GCUGGUUGCAUUAGUGACUGUUCCCUCCAAACCAUGGUCCCAAUAAUGGUACUUGGCCACAUCAUAAUGCGAAAUUAUUUUGCGAAAUUUGCGAAAGAUUUUUGCAGCCAAUUUUUGAUUGUCGUGAUAAAGAUUCAAAUAUCUAUAGAAUUUCUAUUUAAUUACUUAUUAUACGAAACUACAUCAUGUUUCUGAAUGGUUUGGUAAUCUUUCUCUUUGUACUUGGCUGUAUAUUUCUUAUGGUUGGGGUUUUCCUAGUAGUUCUUGGACUUAAAUAUUUGAAAGAUUCCACCGAGAAGCGAAAAAAACCAAAUAGUAGUAUACCACAACCUCUAAACACUUCUGUGAGCACUAUCCCACAAACUAUAGAUUUAGGUACAUCCAACAAUACUCCACACUCGACGCUCAUUCAACAACUUGUGCAAAACUCCCCCAUCCAAUCUGUACGAGAUCCAUAUCUGUCUGAUAUCAUCAACAUUGGCGAAAUAGUUGUUGUUGUAAAAUCAUACAAUUUUUCUUCAUUAGAACCUCUGAAAUUGCUUCAAGUUGGCGAUCUACUUCGAAUGAUCGAUUUCAGAGUUGAGAAGCAACCCACUUUCACUGCCCAUUUUAUUGAUAAGUUUAAUAUAGUAUACCCUGAUAUAAUAUGUAUGGGUAUCUUAUUGAACACGUAUUUAGAACAUGAUCCAACUUUAGGAACAAUGGUUAUCAAGUUCCAUGAGAAUACUGAUUCUAAUCUAGACAGAGUAUUCCCCUUGAACAUCAUUUCCUUAGAGAAAACAUUAUUGAAGCAUGAAUAGAAUUAU